GGGCCCCUCCCAUCACACAGAACCCAAGGCAAGCGCGCGGCCGUCAAUGGCACUGAGUAGUGCACGUCACCUGUCUCUAACAUGUAGCUGGAAACGAUAACACGGCUCGAAAUUCAACCCAGAUAAGCAACAGUCAGGUCGCACUUAUUUUUUCAUUGAGCCGAAGUGAAACAGCAUGUCAAAUAUGUUCGUUCCAGCUCGUAAUCCCAGAAGAGAGCCGUUGAGGGCAGACCUGACCGUGUGAAUUUAACCGCAUUUAGCUAGCCAGCUAGCUGGGUUUACCUUUAGCUGCGCUAGUCGAAACGAGCUAAUAUCACCAACGGUCCAAAUACUUAGAUGUUUAGCGAGUGGGUUCUCGUCAGAAAGGCACACUUGACGGCCGCCAGGAACGUGGCGUCUACUGGAAGGGGAAUUUCGACUUAAGAAACACGGUGGCCUGAGCCAUGGGGGCAUUUUUAGAUAAGCCCAAAACAGAGAAAUACAAUGCGCACGGGGAUGGGAACGGCCUGCGUUUUGGCCUCAGCAGCAUGCAAGGAUGGAGGGUGGAGAUGGAGGAUGCGCACACUGCAGCAGUAGGCCUGCCACAUGGCCUGGACGACUGGUCCUUCUUCGCCAUCUAUGAUGGGCAUGCCGGCUCGCGUGUCGCUAACUACUGUUCCAAACACCUGUUGGAACAUAUCGUCGCUGCGGGGUCAGCAGAUGAACUGCGGAAGGCUGGAGCUCCGGCACCCGAGACACCAGCCAUAGAAGCGGUGAAGAGGGGUAUCCGCGCCGGCUUCCUGAGGAUUGAUGAACACAUGCGCAGCUUCACAGACCUGCGAAAUGGCAUGGACCGCAGUGGCUCCACUGCGGUGGCUGUGCUACUCUCUCCAGAACAUCUGUACUUCAUUAACUGUGGGGACUCGCGAGCCCUUCUCUGCCGCAACGCGCACGUCUGCUUCUCCACGCUGGACCAUAAGCCCUGCGACCCACGGGAGAAGGAGCGUAUACAGAAUGCAGGUGGCUCUGUGAUGAUCCAGAGGGUUAAUGGAUCGCUGGCUGUAUCCCGAGCACUGGGUGACUAUGACUACAAGUGUGUAGAGGGCAAGGGCCCCACAGAGCAGCUUGUGUCACCGGAGCCUGAAGUAUUUGAAAUUGCUCGGUCAGAAGCGGAGGAUGAAUUUGUGGUGCUGGCGUGUGACGGUAUUUGGGAUGUGAUGAGCAAUGAGGAGCUGUGUGCCUUUGUGCGAUCAAGGCUGGAGGUGACAGAUGACCUAGAGAGAGUGUGCAAUGAGGUUGUAGAUACUUGUCUACAUAAGGGAAGUCGAGAUAAUAUGAGUAUUGUAUUAGUGUGUUUGCCAAAUGCACCCCAGGUGUCAGAGGAGGCGGUAAAGAGAGAUGCUGAGUUGGACAAGUACCUUGAGUCACGUGUGGAAGAGCUCAUUGAGAAAGCAGGGGAAGAGGGUGUGCCUGAGCUGGCGCAUGUCAUGAGCAGCCUGUCCCAAGAAAGCAUCCCCAAUCUCCCACCAGGGGGCGGCCUUGCCAGCAAGCACAGUGUUAUUGAAGCAGUGUACAACCGUUUGAACCCCCAAAGAGAAGAGGAUGGUCCCAGCUGUUUCAUUUGAGUGGUGCUGACCUUGAGGACCCGUGGUAGUCGUCCCACCUGAGGAAAGAGCACCUUUUCUACACAAGACAUUAGUCAUGUUUCUUUUGUUCCAGUGAAACCAAGAGAUUCAACGGACAUUCUUUCAAGAGUCACAACACAAUGGAAACACAGUACAACCAAAAGCAUUACAAACACACUUUUUUUUCUAAUAUAUGAGGGAAAGAAUGGAGUUCCAGUUUUAAAAACAAACUUAAACACAACAAUAACAAAAUACACAUCAUACAAUAAAAACUGUUUUUCUCACUUUUUUGUGGUGGCUGUGGGUGUUCAUUUUGAAACCGAGGAUGUUUUGCGAGAUGGACCCAUGUACGUGGUGUGGUGCCUUUUCAAGUCGGCUGCGAAUUCGAGUGAGGUUUGCUAACGCCAGAUGCCCUGAGGCCAGGAUACAGUUGAUAAACUUGGCUACAUGAGACCACUGCAGCCCCUGGUAUGGGGUUAUGGAUCUUCACUGGCUUUAACUGAGGAUAUAUUUGACUGAUGAAUGCGUGUGGAUCAUGUUUUAAAGAAUUGCUUCAUUACUACAUAACCUGCGUGGAAAGGAUUGAAGCUUGUUGGCCUUUUGCACCUUUCCUCCCUCAUCGUGCACUGACUGACCUUUAGGUAGAACCUCGGACUCGACUCGGCUUCGUUUUGCAGGCUAUCACUUGAUUGGUUGUCAUAAGCUUUUUAAUCCUGCUGUUUCAGAGAAUAUAGAAUAUAUAGAGAGAAAUAUAUAUAAAUUCAUAUAUAUUUUUUAUUUUUCCCAAGUUUGACGUUCUUUGUGGCUUAAUGUGUGAAGCAAUAGAGUUGUGUUGGUGGUGACCGAUGAGCGUGCCACGUUGUGUGAAUUACUUUAGACACACUGAGAUUUGUUUAUGUACUUGUGUAACCCAGCCACCCAAGAACUGUGGGUGAUGUUGGCUAAAAGGGAUUGUAAGUACCCACCAAAGCCACGCAGCUUUUCUCAGCUCCCCCUUUGUAUUAUAUCUCUCAGUCUUCUCUCCUUAUCAGCCCUCACUUUCACAAUGCAGAUGUGAACUUACAGCAACCUGCUUUUCUUCUUGUUUUUUUCCCCUCAGAGUAUAUUGUGAAGUGGUGUUUUUUGUUUUGGUUAGCUGAUCAUAAAAAUACUAGCUUUGUGAUGAAUUCACAGAAUAUUUUCUGAUUCAUCAUGCAGGUGUAAUGUUGGUUUUGCUCAUAUAUUUUCAGCAGUAAAUGGACUACAGUACUCACUGGCUUCAGAACCUGAAAGGUGAUGUUGAGCAGAACAAUAAAGAUUCAGGAAAAAGCAGUCUUGCUCCUCAUGUUUAAUCACAUUGGAAAAGCCCUGGAUGGCAAGAAAUUGUCUUUCUGAACAUAAAGCAACCAGCUGCAGGUUGAUUUGCUUUUGUGUGCGUUUUAGGAGGUGAUAGUGCAAUAAUAGACUGAAAUAAUUUCAAAUGAUGGUACUCUUAGUUAAAGUUUGGCCAUAAAACACACAAAAAAUAUAUGUAUAGAUGUUGUGAUCUGUAUUUCUGAGUAAACUAAGCUAUAUAUACAGUACUGAUCUACAUGACCUGUUAAGUGACUGAGUAUUUCAAAGAUUUGAUGUCUCCAGCAAAAGUUGGCAAUUGAUUAUUUAAUCAAAGCACUCAUUGCAUCAACGUUGGACCUUAUAAACUUGACUUUGUUGUGAAGCGAUAAAAAAGUGUUGUAGGUUAGAUUAGAAGUUAUCAGACUGAGAAAGUGCUUUCAAGUUUUGUGUGCGAUAUGCAUCCUAUGGUCAGUAAGCAGACUGUGGGCCAUAUGUGGCCUCAUUAGUCUGAGGCUAAAAAUGCAUUAUGGCUAAUAAUGAGUGCUAUGCUAUAUAGGGUAUCAAGUAAGCCUGUUUUAAAAAUCGCAGAACAAGUUUUGGUUUAUUUGUUUAAUUUAGAUUUUUAGUUCCAGACCUAUGGUAAAGAUGAAAAAAGCUCUGUACCUGUAACAAGGAAUGCAUUGUAUAAUUUAAAACCAGCUGCAUUAACAACAGUUCAUUCAAAUUAAAAUAUCAUUGCACCAAAUAUUCGUCUUGGUGUAAUCAGGCCUUGACAGACUGCUUAAACAUCAAUAAAAUUAUAUAAUCAA